CCGUUGCUGGGAGGCCCAGGGGCUUGCGCGCGGUGGCGUCGGGGAAGCGGUAGCAACCACCCUCCUCCCGCUGGCUUCUUCUUGCGACUUUUCUUUUGUUGUUGCCGUGACCCGGCUCUGCUUUCUUGGCUGUUGUUGAAGGUGUUUUCCUGCUGCACCGGCUCUACGCCCUCCACCUCCUUCCCUGUGGUUUUAACCUUCCUCUUUCCCCGUGUGCUCUAAGCACGGGCAGCUACGUCGAUUUGCAUUUCUUCCCCACUCGGCACCCCCCAACCCCGCCCGCACCUCUUUGAAAAACAAAACUCCAACCUCUCAAAACCUCUGUGGGUCCGCGGUAGCGAGACGUGAAGGGGUUGAUUUGUGGAGUGGGAGUCGCUGGCCCAUUGCGGUGCUUGGGGCUCAUUAAACUGUCACUCACCCCCCACCCCACUGGGUAAAUGGGGUGAUUAAUGUCUGAUACGUUGGAAUGGGGCGAGGGCAUUUGUGGAGACUAGGCUGUGUAGCUUGGGGGGAAGAGGCUCUGGAACUAGGCGUUCAUAAUUAUGUCAUUCACUGCGAAGUUAGGGAAAGUUAGGUUUGUGACUUUGGGAAAGCGGGGACAGGACAGAGUCGCUGGGUUUUGUUACCCUUUAACUCUUUGCCACGGUUUCCUAAUGAGACCAAGUAGUUACUGCGGGGGCUGGGGCUCCUGCGCCUCAGGCCCCAGCCCCUUUCCUACUUUUCACUCUCUCAAGUGCCUGUUGGAAAAGUGUUUGACUUUCAUGGAUGUCGCAGCACCUUGCAGGGCGCUGGUCAGCCCAGCCCGGGUUACAUUACCAUUUCAUCAGCCACUAGAAAAGACUCACAAACUCUAGCUAAAAAGUUCCUCAACUUACGGGACCGCCCCCCCCCCAAAGGUUUUCUUGUGAUCAAGAACAUUACAGAGUGACCAAAAAAAAGAAAAACAAAAAGAGAAAAGAAAAAAAUGUUAUGGGACACAGAUCAAGGCAAGGCUCUGCGUUUUCUGCGCAGAAAGAUCAGAUACGCAGGUAUAGCCUUCAUUUUAAGUGACGGCAGCAGGUUGUAUCAGCUUAUUAAUUUGUCUCAUUGAACUGAAAUACUUUCUAGGAUUUCAGAAAGUGCAGUUUCAGCUUGUUGAUACUGAGAAUUGAAAUUUGCAUUAGCUUUGGCAGUGUGAGAAAUUUUCCUGAGAAGGUAGUUGUAGAUAAGUUGUUAAGUAAGAGUGAAAUAAGGUGAACCAGGCUGAAGUAAUAGUUCCUAAUAAGUCUGCCAGUGUUUCAGUGAUGGAUACCAUUAUCUCCACAGAAAAAAGCCUGGUAAUAAUGUUGAAAUGGGACUGGAGAUGUCAAAUGGGUUAGUUAAAAAAAUAUCCCCAAGCUGCCUUUGAAACUAAACGUUGGAGUUGAAUAAAAGUGAAUCUGGAUUUCCUGAAUAGCACCGUGGCUUGAGUGUGCUGUCAGUAUGCAAGCCAGUCCACCAACUUAAGACAGAAGUGUUGCUAUUCCAUAAAUACAGUAGAACUCCAUAUGCUGAGUUUUUCAAUUUCUUCUGUUAGAAAGUUUGGGGAAAAAAACGAAGACUUUGAAGUAUUUUGUUUAUACUAACAGAAGAGAAAAGUUCUCCUAAGAAAAAGCUGGUGGCAGGAGUGUAGAGGAGUAGCAUAUGGCAUUAAAAGGAGCACAGCUGGAGGUAGCAUUUCCAUCUGAACAUGAUGUCAGAGCAGCUGACAGCCUGCCAUCCCUCAGCCUUUUAUUCUAACACAGACAGGGAGUUAGUGUGUGCGGAUCUGUGGUGGAGAAGGUAUCUCAUUCCUCUCUAACAUCAUCUCCACUUUGCAUCUGUCUCUCUUAGUCUGCUUUUUUUCCACCGAUGUAACAGACCUGGAGCCAGGAAGACUCAGAGGAAAGGACUUAAUCAGGUUUAUGUGUCCUAAAGGUUAUGAAGACAGUAUGGAGUUCCCAGACCAUAGUAGACAUUUGCUGCAGUGUCUGAGCGAGCAGAGACACCAGGGCUUUCUUUGUGAUUGCACUGUUCUGGUGGGAGAUGCCCAGUUCCGAGCGCACCGAGCUGUACUGGCUUCAUGCAGCAUGUAUUUCCACCUCUUUUACAAGGACCAGCUGGACAAAAGAGACAUUGUUCAUCUGAACAGCGACAUUGUUACAGCCCCCGCUUUCGCUCUCCUGCUUGAAUUCAUGUAUGAAGGGAAACUCCAGUUCAAAGACUUGCCCAUUGAAGACGUGCUAGCAGCUGCCAGUUAUCUCCACAUGUAUGACAUUGUCAAAGUCUGCAAAAAGAAGCUGAAAGAGAAAGCCACCACGGAGGCAGACAGCACCAAAAAGGAAGAAGAUGCUUCAAGUUGUUCAGACAAAGUUGAGAGCCUCUCAGAUGGCAGCAGCCACAUGGCAGGCGAUUUGCCCAGUGAUGAAGAUGAAGGGGAAGAUGAAAAAUUGAACAUUCUGCCCAGCAAACGGGACUUGGCGGCCGAGCCUGGGAACAUGUGGAUGCGAUUGCCCUCAGACUCAGCAGGCAUCCCCCAGGCUGGCGGAGAGGCAGAGCCACACGCCACAGCAGCUGGAAAAACAGUAGCCAGCCCCUGCAGCUCAACAGAGUCUUUGUCCCAGAGGUCUGUCACCUCCGUGAGGGAUUCGGCAGAUGUUGACUGUGUGCUGGACCUGUCUGUCAAGUCCAGCCUUUCAGGAGUUGAAAAUCUGAACAGCUCUUAUUUCUCUUCACAGGACGUGCUGAGAAGCAACCUGGUGCAGGUGAAGGUGGAGAAAGAGGCUUCCUGUGAUGAGAGUGAUGUUGGCACUAAUGACUAUGACAUGGAACAUAGCACUGUGAAAGAAAGUGUGAGCACUAAUAACAGGGUACAGUAUGAGCCGGCCCAUCUGGCUCCUCUGAGGGAGGACUCGGUCUUGAGGGAGCUGGACCGGGAGGACAAAGCCAGUGAUGACGAAAUGAUGACCCCAGAGAGUGAGCGGGUCCAGGUGGAAGGGGGCAUGGAGAGCAGUCUGCUCCCCUACGUCUCCAACAUCCUGAGCCCUGCGGGCCAGAUCUUCAUGUGCCCCUUGUGCAACAAAGUCUUCCCCAGCCCUCACAUCCUGCAGAUCCACCUGAGCACCCACUUCCGGGAGCAGGAUGGCAUCCGCAGCAAGCCGGCGGCCGAUGUCAACGUGCCCACGUGCUCGCUGUGUGGGAAGACUUUCUCCUGCAUGUACACCCUCAAGCGCCACGAGAGGACUCACUCGGGGGAGAAGCCCUACACGUGCACCCAGUGCGGCAAGAGCUUCCAGUACUCGCACAACCUGAGCCGCCACGCCGUGGUGCACACGCGUGAGAAGCCACAUGCCUGCAAGUGGUGUGAGCGCAGGUUCACGCAGUCGGGAGACCUGUACAGACACAUUCGCAAGUUCCACUGUGAGUUGGUGAACUCCUUGUCGGUCAAAAGCGAAGCACUGAGCUUGCCUGCUGUCAGAGACUGGACCUUAGAAGAUAGCUCUCAAGAACUUUGGAAAUAAUUUUAUAUAUAUAUAUAUAAAUAAUAUAUAUAUAUAUACAUAUAUACAUAUAUACAUAGAUCUCUAUAUAGUUGUGGUACGGUCUAAAAGCAGUCUUGUUUCCUGGAACUAAAAAGUUGGGAUCUUAACUUGUUUUUGCACUUUAGAAUAAUAGCAUGAGAAUCUCACUAAUUUAGCAUUCUGAUAAAAGAAACUUUAGAGCAAGUCAGAGAAUAGAGAGGUAUCUUUUCUUUGAGGGAUAGUUGAAGUAAGCCAGUAAGAACCUUCGAAACAAAUUGUCCUAUCACAAAAUGCUUUCAUAUGGCUUAAUUUUGUCAACACUGCAUUGUCUUUGGAGUUCUUUUUUUGUGCCCCACAUUUCUGGUUUUGUUUCUUAAAGUAGAAAUUCCCUCCAGUUUUAUUAGCCUCUGUGUCUCAAAUUGCAUGAACCUUUUCUGGCUGUUGGAAACCUGAAUGCUUUUAGACCCAAAUGGAAAAUUUCUGAAAUGCUGGAUUAUCUAUUUUUAAACAAGCAGUUGACUUAAAACUUUCUGUGGCAACUUCUGGUU